GUAAGCUACGACACACGUAAUCGGUUUACGGCAGUGGCUAGAGAGCAGUGGAAAGGAAGUGAACGAAUUCUUUAUUAGCGAAUUGUGUUUGCUUGUUCAGAUGUUUCUCCAUAUGCUUAACUUUUUCAUAACCAGAUUUUACACAACGUUUUAACGGGACACACGUGGUCACAUUUCCUGUAGCAAAACUCCGGAAUAACGGCAGUUUCUGACAGUAAGAGAGAAGCAGUAACCGGGUUCGACCCCGAGCGCAAUGCUGCUCACCGUGUUUUGUGCACCGAGAGACCGCUCGGAAACCACUUUCGCCCUGGAAGUGUCCCCGGAGCUUGAACUCAGGGAUUUUUUGGCUCUUUGCGAACUAGAAUCAGGAAUACCAGCCGGGGAGAUUCAGAUCUCAUACGCAGAGCAGCCAUUACAAGAUCCCACCCGAGCCCUGGGGAACUAUGGGCUGAAGGAUGGAGAUGUGGUAGUGUUAAGACAAGCAGAGAGGUUAUUAGGGCAACAACCCACAGUUCCAGGUCUGCCUCGCAUCGAUUUCAGUUCCAUUGCUGUUCCUGGGACAUCCUCAGGCCAAAACAGACAGCACCAAGCCCAGCGCCCCAAUGUGACCCAAUCACGGCCGCCCCAAGCCACCACUCCAGGCUCUGGCUCUGGAUCAGGAUCAGGCUCAGCCCUUUCUCCUCAGGGACUGGACAACCCCGCCUUGCUGCGUGACAUGUUGCUGGCAAAUCCACAUGAGCUUUCGUUGCUGAAAGAGCGAAACCCUCCACUUGCUGAGGCUCUGCUGAGUGGAGACCUUGAGCGCUUCACCAAGGUGCUAUUGGAGCAGCAGCAGGACCGAGCGCGAAGAGAGCAGGAGAGAAUCAAACUGCUGACUGCAGAUCCUUUUGACUUGGAAGCUCAGGCCAAGAUUGAGGAAGAAAUCAGACAGCACAACAUUGAAGAGAAUAUGACCAUUGCUAUGGAAGAAGCACCUGAGAGUUUUGGCCAGGUGGUCAUGCUAUACAUCAACUGCAAAGUCAAUGGACACCCAGUAAAGGCUUUUGUUGACUCAGGAGCUCAGAUGACGAUUAUGAGUCAAGCAUGUGCAGAGCGAUGUAAUAUCAUGCGACUAGUGGACAGACGCUGGGCAGGCAUUGCCAAAGGAGUUGGCACCCAGAAAAUUAUUGGCCGAGUUCAUUUGGCCCAGGUGCAGAUCGAAGGAGAUUUCCUGCCUUGCUCUUUCUCCAUUUUGGAAGAUCAGCCCAUGGAUAUGCUGCUAGGCCUUGACAUGCUGAAGAGACACCAGUGCUCCAUAGAUCUAAAGAAAAAUGUUCUCCUGAUUGGGACGACGGGUACAGAGACACGUUUUCUACCUGAGGCAGAGCUGCCUGAGUGUGCCCGGCUGGCAUAUGGGCCAGAGGGACGAGAGGAUACCCGGCCUGAGGAGAUUGCAGAUCGAGAACUGGCAGAGGCAAUACAAAGAUCUGUACAGGACAGCGGACAGAACUGAUGUCAUAUGGACAGACAGCUGGAGAGGGCUCUACCUACCAGAUAUUGAAGAUGGAAAAACUACCUCACCACAAUCCCUGCCAUUUAAACCUCUCAACCAACCCUCAACAUCAUCAGCCUCAAGUCAUCCCCACAGUCUCACCCUAGAUCGUUCCAAGUCUGCCCCAGCCUCUAUAAACCAAGGAGCGUCUCAAAUUGAAAUUCCCACAUCGAUUGAAUCCUCUCCACUUCAGCCACUGAAAGUUGGUGAACCCUCUCCAGAUCCCUCUGAUGACACCUUCAGAUCUCAGUCCCAAGGACUGGCCGAUUCAACAUCUUGCUUACAGACAGAUGCAGACGCUCCCAUCCCGAGCACUCUUCCCUCUCAGGAACCACUCUCUUGUACUGUGCCCGAGGACAUUGAAGUGACAGGGGACAUCGUUUUAGGAGAUUCCGACAGUCCGAUAGACACUGUUUUGGGGAAGAAUAUCACUUCCUCUGGGACUGUAGCAGCAGAAUCUCCCUUUAUUCUUUUUAACCCAGGCUCUCAGACUCAAACACUGGAUCAGGAAGUGGACAUGGAUGUUUCUUCCAAUGCAAACCCAGAAACUGGCCAUGACUUUCCUGAUCAGUUCCAGAGAGACCAAGGUAGUGUAAUGGAAGAUGUUUCAGGGGCUCAACCACAAUGCAUGCCUGUUCCAGAUUUGGACCUUGAACCCUGUGCUGCUGAGCCAGCCACUUCUUCUGUGCAUUCAGACUCUGAAAAGAGUGUAAUACCCUGUGAAAGAGACCAGACAGAGGUAGAUAACAUCCCUUCCUUGGCUCAAGCCCUUAAGGAGCUCCAUAAACUUCUGAUGUCCAGCAGUUGGCCAACAGUUUCUGGAUCGAUUCCUCAGUCUGACCCUAAUGCUACAACAUCAAGAGAAGAUGUUGACGAGGUGGACCAGGAUCGUGCUGCAAGAAACCAAGUCACUUUAAACCCAACUAUUGACACGUCCUCUAAUACUGCCACAACAAAUGACAAGGAGGGAAGUGUUGCCAAAGCUGAAUUUACUUCCCAAUCAGUGAGGGAUACUCCAGAUGUACCAAACAAUCCAAGGCACACAGAGAACCAACCUUCUACUCUGGUAGAUCCCAUAGUGGAACAAACGAUAGAGCACCCUUAUGCAGCUGAAAGAAAUUGUGCCCUUGUUAUUGAGGAAAGUUCUGGGCCGGUGACUUCUUCCCAAGGAGAUCUUGAGCUCCCUGAGGGUCAGCAAGAGCAGGACAUUGGGGAUGAAAACACCUCAGGCAUUGACAUCUCAGCUGAUCUGUCUCAGCAGCACCCCCUUUCUGUUGCAGCUGGCUUAUCAACCAAUUCCAGCCUAGGGCCAUCUCCUCAAACUCAAGCCACUGCGACGGAUCAGCUUUUCCUUGAAGACUCCAACCAACUUGCACCACAGCCCUCGAUGGGACAGUUUCCACUAGAGCACAUUCAGAGGAUCCAGGCAUCAGGGUUCUCUGCUCUUGAGGCUGCUGAGGCACUGGAACAGGCUCAAGGCAGCGUGGAGCUUGCCUUAUUGGUGCUGCUUGCAAGAAACAUCACUGUGCCCUCUUAGACUCCAAAUCAACCUGUAGGGGUGGCAUCAGUUAACAUGAGCCUUUUUCAUCCUGUGGUUUUCCUUUAGCAGUCCUCGUUGUUUUGUACUUUUGGUCUUAU